AUGACGAGCAUCGAUGAUAUUUUCAAGAAACCGUCGCAUCCUUCUAACAGCAAGCGGAAGCUUGAACCGACGCGAGAUCCAACUGAAAUCUAUAAAGCCGCGAAGCUAGACGCCAAUGGAGCUGCAAAAAAUAGGAAGGAAGCGACUGUUGAGGACGAGGACGAGGACGAUAUCGCAGGCCCAGAACUUCCCCCGGACUUUGAAGAAGAUAUCCCAGACGACGAGGAGGGUAGGUUCUUUGGAGGUGGUGUAACGAAAGAUACAACGAAUGCUCUGGAUUUUGUCGAUAGACAUGAAGAUGAAGCGGCGGCGUCUCAAGUUAUCGAUUCAGCGUGGUUACGGCGGACAGCCCUGAACUUCGAAAAAAAGAUAUCGAAGAAUGCCGAACUUCGGGUUAAAUUUGAAAACGAUCCGCAAAAAUUUAUGGCCUCCGAAGCCGAUUUAGACGUCGAUAUCAAAGCCCUCUCCAUAUUAUCAGAACACCCGAGCUUGUAUAAGGAAUUUGCAGAACUUGGUUGCGUUGGUUCAUUGGUUUCGCUCCUGACCCAUGAAAAUACCGAUAUUGCCAUUGAUGCGAUAGAAAUACUUGGAGAGUUGAUUGAUGAGGAUGUCGAAGCAGAGGAGGAUCAGUGGGAUGCUCUGGCAAACUCCAUGCUGGAGUCAGACAUCCUCGAACUUCUAUCGCAAAACCUCGCAAGAUUAGACGAAGAGAAUGAGGCGGACAGGUCCGGUGUAUACCACAUCCUGGGUGUCCUGGAAAAUCUGGCCUCGCGGCCAUCAAUCGCGGAUCGAAUUGGUCAGGAAUCAGACAUCAUGCCUUGGUUACAUGGGCGGAUAACGAAGAAAGAGAGCAGAGUAUCUCAAAAUAAGCAGUAUUCAGCUGAAAUGCUUGCCAUAUUACUACAGGCUUCGACAAAGAACAGACUACGGUUUAUUGGACUAAAUGGAGUGGACACACUUCUCCAGCUUCUCAGCGUAUAUCGAAAGCUUGAUCCUAAAAAGGACUCUGAUGAAGAAGAAUAUUUUGAGAAUUUGUUCGACUGCUUAACCUGUGUUGUAGACGAGAAUGAAGGAAAGGACAAAUUUAUCGAAGCAGAGGGGGUUGAGCUUGCGCAAAUUAUGCUUCGAGAGGGCACCCUGAGUAAACCCAGGGCUUUGCGUGUUCUGAACCAUGCCCUUGGUGGACAGGGGGGAGCUCGGGCUUGUGAACAGUUUGUCGAAACUGGGUUAUUGAGAACGGUUUUCGGAAUGUUCAUGAAAAAGCAAGAAAACACAAUUACGGAGCAUCUCCUGGGAAUAUUUGCGUCGUUGUUGAGGUUACUUCCUGGUGACACCGCCGGACGGAUACGAACUUUGGCAAAAUUUGUGGAAAAGGACUAUGAGAAAGUUACAAGGUUAAUUAAGCUACGACGAGACUUUAAAGCCAGGAUCUCAACGGUGGAGCAGAGUAUCGCUCAAGAGCGCAAGCUGUUGAGCCAAGAUGAUCAAGAUGCUAUGGCUGGAGAAUGGCUAUCCCGCCGGCUUGAUGCUGGGCUCUUCUCGCUGCAAACUAUAGAUAUAAUUCUUUCCUGGCUUGUGGCCGAGGAUGACGGUGCGAAAGCGAAGGUAAAGUCCUUGAUGGCAGACCAAGAUGAAGAUUUAAGCGGAAUUCGUGCCACACUCCAAGAACAACUGGACGGACUCGAUGACUCUGAGGCAGACUACCAGGACACCAAGGACAUGCUCAACACCCUGAUGAGCUUUUUAUAA